CAUAACCGCUUUCCAGACUCCGCCUUCUGGUAGUCUCUAGUUACUGGAGUGGGUGUUCCAGAGCCUGGGUGCACCUGCUCCUUUCCUUCCCUAACAUCUUGCCAAUGAGGGUCGCUGGAAACCGUGGUAAUCAUGAAUCUUUGACGUGAAGGUAACCCUGUGUUUAUGUAGUGAUAAAGUUAUUUUAUUAUGGAGUGGCUAGUAUUUUAAAUAAACAAACACUCUCUUUUUCAUCAUCGGAUGUGCAAAGUCCUUGAAUAGUCUGAGUGGCAGGAAGUUAACGACUGGACCGAUCAGAAGAAUAAGCUUUGGCAUGGAUCUUUAAAUGAUAAUUAGGGCGACAGCUUUGAAGUGUGGAACGGGAAGGAGCAGUGUGUGCUGUAAACACUAGUUGACUUCACCAGAAAAUCAGUUAUUGAAAAAGCCAGUAUGGCUACAGGAGGAGAUCCGUUUGAGGAAGGCAUGAAUGAUCCGGACUUAGCAAGCUGGAGCAACGAGAUGGUCGAUGACCGACUCAAUAACAUGGACUGGAGUGGCCAACAGAAGAAGGCAAAUAGAUCAUCAGAAAAGAAUAAGAAAAAGUUUGGUGUGGAAGGUGACAAAAGGGUAACUAAUGAUAUCUCCCCGGAGUCGUCCCCAGGAGUCGGAAGGCGAAGAACAAAGACUCCACAUACGUUUCCACACAGCAGAUAUGUGACGCAGAUGUCCGUUCCAGAGCAGGCGGAGUUAGAGAAACUUAAACAGCGGAUAAACUUCAGUGACUUGGAUCAGAGAAGCAUUGGGAGUGAUUCUCAAGGGAGAGCAACAGCCGCCAACAACAAACGUCAGCUGAGUGAGAACCGAAAGCCCUUCAACUUUUUGCCCAUGCAGAUUAACACUCACAAGAGCAGAGAUGCUGCUGCAAGCCCCCCCAGGAGACAAGCAGUCGGAGCAGCACAGUGUAAAGAGUUGUUUGCUUCUGCUUUGAGUAACGACCUUUUGCAAAACUGUCAAGUCUCUGAAGAAGACGGGAGAGGAGAGCCUGCAAUAGAGAGCAGCCAGAUUGUAAGCAGGCUUGUUCAAAUUCGCGACUAUAUUUCCAAGGCUAGUUCCAUGCGGGAAGAUCUUGUAGAAAAAAAUGAAAGAUCUGCUAAUGUUGAGCGCCUUACUCAUCUUAUAGAUCACCUUAAAGAACAAGAAAAGUCAUACAUGAAAUUUCUCCAAAAAAUCCUUGCUAGAGCAAAUGAGGAGGAGGAUGUUCGGACUAUAGACUCAGCUGUGGGAUCUGGUUCUGUAGCUGAGAGCACAUCGCUACACGUAGAUGUGCAGUCUGAAGCUUCAGAUACCACGGCCAGGGACCCUCAGCAGGAGCCUGUGGAGGAGAUAGAAGAUCUGAAGAAGCAGCACGAUCUAUUAAGAAGGAUGUUGCAGCAGCAGGAACAGCUGAGAGCUCUGCAGGGCCGGCAGGCUGCUCUCCUGGCCCUGCAGCACAAGGCGGAGCAGGCUGUGGCCGUGAUGGACGAUGCUGAAAAGGCUGCAGGGACCACAGCUGACCAUCCCACUGCGCCGGGCAGACAGCCAGCUCGCUCGCCUUUGCAUCAGAGAGUACCUUUACGAGAAACUACAGGUAGUCUAUCAGGAAUCAGUAUAACAUCUGAAUUAAAUGAAGAAUUAAAUGAUUUGAUUCAGCGUUUUCAUAAUCAGCUCCGUGAUUCUCAGCCUCCAGCUGUUCCAGACAAUAGAAGACAGGCAGAAAGUCUUUCAUUAACAAGGGAGGUUUCCCAGAGCAGGAAUCCAUCCGUUUCGGAACGUUCACCUGAUGAGAAAGUCCAGCUUUUCAGCAAAAUGAGAGUGCUACAGGAAAAGAAACAGAAAAUGGACAGAUUGCUUGGAGAACUUCACACACUUCGAGAUCAGCAUCUGAACAAUUCUUCAUUUGUACCGUCUGCAGCCUCCCCUCUGAGGAGUGUGGAUCAGAGAAGUACAUCUUCCGCUCCCUCUGCUCCUGGAGGCUUAGCAGCAGUCGGCAACGGAGAGCCCACUAGCCUCACGUCGUCUGUUCCUUAUCCAACUGCCGCUCUCGUUUCUCAGAAUGAAAGUGAAAACGAAGGCCAUCUAAACCCAACUGAAAAACUCCAGAAGUUAAAUGAAGUCCGAAAGAGAUUGAAUGAACUAAGAGAAUUAGUUCAUUAUUACGAACAGACAUCAGAUAUGAUGACAGACGCUGUGAAUGAAAACACAAAAGAUGAAGAAACUGAAGAGUCGGAAUAUGAUUCUGAGCAUGAAAGUCCUGAGCCUGUCACCAACAUUCGAAAUCCACAAGUAGCCGCCACCUGGAAUGAAGUAAAUACUAAUACGAAUGCACAGUGCAUUUCUAAUAAUAAGGAUGGGAGAUCAGUUAAUUCUAACUGUGAGAUUAACAACAGAUGUGCUGCCAGCAUGAGAGCUCCAAACCUGCCUUCUUCCUUAGACUGUCGGUACAAUAGAGAGGGAGAACAUGGGAUCCACGUGGCGCCGGGUGAGGAGGAUGACGAGGAAGAGGAAGAUGCAGAAGAGGAGGGAGCCAGCGGAGCUUCCUUGUCCAGUCAUAGGAGCAGUCUGGUUGAGGAGGCUCCAGAAGAUGCUGAAUUUGAACAGAAGAUCAGUAGACUCAUGGCUGCAAAACAGAAGCUUAGGCAGUUACAAGAUCUUGUUGCUAUGGUACAGGAUGAUGAUGCAGAUCAAGGGGUUACCUCAGCCAAUACUUCAAACUUGGAUGAUUUUUACCCGACAGAAGAAGACACCAAACAAAAUCCAAAUAACACUAGAGGAAUUGCCAACAAAACGCAGAAAGAUGCCGGAGUGGAUGAGAAGGAAAGAGAGCAAUUCUACGAGGCCAAACUACGGCAGCAACAGAGAGAGCUCAGGCAGCUGCAGGAAGAAAGAAGGAAACUGAUUGAGAUCCAAGAGAAAAUUCAGGCCUUGCAGAAGGCAUGUCCUGACCUACAGCUGUCAGCCACAAGUGUGGGUAAUUGUCCCACAAAAAAUUAUCUGCCAGCGGUUACUUCAACACCAACUGCUCACGAAAAUGACACUAAUACAGGCAAAUCUGUGUUGGAGCCCGAGGAGUCUUCAGUGGUAGAUAACGAGCUAUGGACGGAAAUGCGAAGACACGAAAUGUUAACGGUAGAGCUGCGGCAGAGAAGAAAGCAGCUGGAAGCUCUGAUGGCCGAGCAUCAGAGACGGCAGGGUCUAGCUGAGACUACAUCUCCAGUCGCUGUCUCGGUCAGAAGCGAUGGGUCUGAGAACCUGUGUACGCCUCAGCAAAGUAGGACAGAAAAAACGAUGGCAACUUGGGGAGGUUCUACUCAGUGUGCGCUGGAUGGAGAAGACGGUGAUGAAGGUGGUUACCUUUCCGAGGGGAUCGUUGGGACAGAUGAAGAGGGGGAAGAGGAAGAGCAAGAUGCCAGUUCCAGUGACAGCUUCUCUGUGUGUCCUCCUAACAGUGUGAAUCGUAAUUCCUAUAACGUAAAGGAAACUAAAAACAGGUGGAAGAACAAUCGUCCUUUUUCAGCAGAUGGAAAUUACCGUCCUUUAGCCAAGACAAGGCAACAGAAUGUCAGCAUGCAACGUCAAGAAAACCUUCGCUGGGUGUCAGAACUCUCUUAUGUAGAAGAGAAAGAACAAUGGCAAGAACAAAUUAAUCAGCUAAAGAAACAGCUUGAUUUCAGCGUCAGUAUCUGUCAAACUCUGAUGCAAGAUCAGCAGACUCUGUCUUGUCUGCUGCAGACUCUUCUCACGGGUCCUUACAGUGUGAUGCCCAGCAAUGUAGCCUCUCCUCAGGUGCACCUUAUAAUGCACCAGCUGAACCAGUGCUACACGCAGCUCACGUGGCAGCAGAAUAAUGUUCAGAGGUUGAAGCAAAUGUUAAAUGAACUUCUGCGCCAAGAAAGUCAGCACCCUGAAAAACCUGGAAGCAAGGAACGAGGCAGCAGUGCAUCACACCCUGCUUCUCCCAGUGUGUUUUGUCCCUUCAGCUUUCCAGCACAGCCUGUAAAUCUGUUUCCUCUACCUGGAUUUACUAAUUUUUCAUCAUUUACACCAGGUAUGAAUUUCAGCCCUUUAUUUCCUUCUAAUUUUGGAGAUUUUUCUCAGAAUAUUUCUACACGCACUGAACAGCAGCAGCCAUUAGCCCAGAAUCCUUCAGGGAAAACAGAAUACAUGGCUUUUCCAAAACCUUUUGAAAGCAGUUCUUCUGCUGGAGCAGAAAAACAAAGGAAUCAAAAACAGCCUGAAGAGGAGGUGGAAAACAGUAGGCCACCAUGGUUAUACGACCAAGGAGGCGAAGUGGAAAAACCAUUUAUUAACGCUGGAUUCGCAGCGUCUGUAGAGAAAACUACAAAUAGUAAUCGCAAAACUCACUUUGACAGCAGCAGGAGAAGCCGCCAGUUUGAUGAGGAGUCGUUGGAAAGCUUUAGCAGUAUGCCUGAUCCCAUUGAUCCCACAACAGUGACCAAAACAUUCAAGACGAGGAAAGCAUCCGCACAGGCCAGCCUGGCUUCUAAAGACAAAACCCCUAAACCAAAGAGUAAGAGGAGGAGUUCCACUCAGUUGAAAAGCAGAGUCAAAAACAUUGGGUAUGAAAGCGCCAGUAUGUCUAGCACAUGCGAACCUUGCAAAAGUAGGAACAGACAUUCAGCUCAGACUGAAGAGCCUGUUCAGGCAAAAGCAUUCAGCAGGAAGAACCACGAGCAGCUGGAAAAAAUAAUAAAAUACAGUAGGUCGGCAGAAAUAUCUUCAGCACAUGCUAGGAGAGUACCACAGCAGGCUAACAGAAAUGCAUGCAAUGAAGCGCCAGAAACUGGGAGUGAUUUUUCCCUAUUUGAAGCUUUGCGGGAUACCAUUUAUUCUGAAGUAGCAACGUUAAUUUCUCAGAACGAAUCUCGUCCACAUUUUCUUAUCGAACUCUUCCACGAGCUUCAGCUACUUAAUACAGACUACUUGAGACAGAGAGCUUUAUACACACUGCAGGACAUAGUGUCGAGACAUGUUUCGGAGCGCCGUGAGAAAGAAGAGCAAGAUGGGAAGUUGGUGAAUUCUGGUACCUGGAUAGCAUCCAACUCAGAGCUGACUCCCAGUGAAAGCCUGGCCACCACCGAUGAUGAAACCUUUGAGAAGAACUUUGAGAGAGAAACACAUAAAAUAAGUGAGCAAAACGAUGCUGAUAAUGCUAGUGUCAUGUCUGUAUCUUCAAAUUUCGAGCCUUUUGCAACAGAUGAUCUAGGCAACACUGUGAUUCACCUAGAUCAAGCAUUAGCCAGAAUGAGGGAGUAUGAGCGGAUGAAGACGGAGGCUGAGAGUAACCCGAAUCUAAGAUGCACCUGCAGGAUUAUUGAGGAGGAAGAUGGUGCUGCUGCCACUACUGCAGUUAACAGUGUAGAAGAGACUCCCGUUGCUGAAAAUCAUAGUUCACAACAGCCUGCAAGUGAAGUUUCUAACAUCCCUUGUCCUCGAAUUGACACUCAGCAGCUGGACCGGCAAAUUAAAGCCAUUAUGAAAGAAGUCAUUCCUUUUUUGAAGGAGCACAUGGAUGAAGUAUGCUCUUCUCAGCUUCUAACUUCAGUAAGACGCAUGGUUUUGACCCUUACCCAGCAAAAUGAUGAGAGCAAAGAGUUCGUAAAGUUUUUUCAUAAACAACUUGGGAGUAUAUUACAGGACUCACUUGCGAAAUUUGCUGGGCGAAAACUGAAGGACUGUGGAGAGGAUCUUCUUGUUGAGAUAUCUGAAGUGUUGUUUAAUGAAUUGGCUUUCUUUAAGCUCAUGCAAGAUUUGGAUAACAACAGUAUAACUGUUAAACAGAGAUGCAAAAGGAAAAUAGAAGCAGCUGGAGUGAUACAGUCUUAUGCCAAAGAGGCCAAAAGGAUUCUUGAAGGAGAUCGUGGCUCACCUGCUGGAGAGAUUGAUGAUGAAGACAAAGACAAGGACGAGACUGAGACAGUCAGACAGACUCAGACGUCUGAGGUACGUGACGGUGAACGCCCCAAAAAUGGGACAUCUGACCCUUCUGACCAAGAGGAAGAUGAAGAAAGCGAAGGAUGUCCAGUGUCGAUUAAUUUGUCUAAAGCCGAAACUCAGGCUCUGACUAAUUAUGGAAGUGGAGAAGAUGAGAAUGAGGAUGAAGAAAUGGAAGAAUUUGAAGAGGGGCCUGUAGAUGUCCAGACUUCGCUUCAGGCCAACACUGAAACUACAGAAGAAAAUGAACCCGAGCAGGUUCUACAGCAUGACUCCGAAAAAACAGCAGACAGCAAAAAUAUCCCAACAGAACAAGAACCCACUAUUAUUAAAGAUGACCAGGCUGGCACUCCUGUGAAACCCUGUUACCUCCAUAUCUCGGAAAAUGAGCAGCCUCCAAGUAGUGCUGCCCGGAAGGACUCACUGGUCACCCCUGAAUCAUGGAAGCAGCCUGACCCUUUGCCAUUACCGUUCCCUGAAGGUGACACCUUAGUGCCGGGAGUCAAAGAGGCGAAAUCUGCCCAGGAAACUCCCGAGAGCUCUCUGGCGGGCAGUCCUGACACCGAGUCUCCUGUGUUAGUGAAUGACUACGAAGCAGAAUCUGGUAACAUAAGUCAAAAAUCUGAUGAAGAAGACUUUGUGAAAGUUGAAGAUUUACCACUUAAACUGACAAUAUAUUCAGAGGCAGAUAUUAGGAAGAAAAUGGUAGAAGAGGAGCAGAAUAAUAAUUUAUCUGGGGAAAUACUACGUGAGACACAAACGGAAGAAUUAGCUGGGAAUUCUCAAAAACUGAAAGAACCUGAAACAGUGGGAGCCCAGAGUAUAUGAGACGUCUUCAGAAGCUUAUCUAACUCUCUUCACACAGCCAAUGCAUAUAUGAAAAUGGCACUAAAUAAACAUCUGUUUUGAUCUGUAUAAAACUGUUAAUUAGUUUGACACUGCGUUUUUGAUAGGUGUACUAAUUUCUGCCCAUGGCAGUUUAAAACAUCAGAAAUUGAAUUCUGCAGAUUCAGGCCUUGAUACACACUGUGUUUUCCUUUCAUUUGCUUUUUUUCUCCCCGUCUUAAUCUUUUUACCCCCAUUGUGAUGUUUCGUAACAUUAAAUUUAAAAUGUAGUUUUAAAUAAAGUUUGAACUUGUCUGUAAAGUAUCUUUUUGGGAAAUUAUAUACAGCAGGUAUUGUAUACAGCAGGUCACUAUUCUGUAUACUUAGGCUGUUGAGAGAAGGAAUGGUAAAGAGUCAGAAGUUAGAGAAAUGUGCUGUUUAUUAUAAAGCCCAGCCUGAUCUUUCUCAUUAGGCCAGGCUCUCAGCUAAUGCCAGUGUUGCUGCUGUUGAGUCUGCUGUUCUUUUAAACAUCUGCAUGGCCUGUUCCUGGAAGAAUAGGGCAGGUGAUAAAGAUAUCCAGGAUAUCUGUAGGUUAGUGUGGAAUAUAUGUAUAUUAAUACUCUAUUCAAAUUGGUAAAAAGGUUUCGAAUCCAUGUCUGUGGUACCUGGAACUUAAUUAUCUAUUAGAUAAAUAUUAGUAUUUUCCACAAUUUCCAUUCUUAUGUCGCUUUAGACUAAAAAAAGAAAAAAGCUUUAUAUAAUUAGUAUUUCUGCACAGACAAGUAACACUGUGAAUAGUUUUAAAUGAAAAACCAAAUUCUUUCCAGUAGGGAUUAAUAGAAGUAAAUUUAUAUACCAGAGCAUUGAGGUUCUGUAUACUGUCAGACAGACUUGUCCCUUUAGAGAUCAUAAUCGAAGACCAGAGCACGGCAGCUGCUUUGCGAGGUCAUAGGAGAUGGCAGGCUCUCAGUGACAUAUUCAGUAAAGAGAGCUCACAGGACUUCUUCCUCAUGAAGCAGGUCAGCUUUUAAAGGUGAUUGAUAACCCCACACUUGCCGUGUACUCAGGAAGGCUCCAUAGAUCCAGUUAACAGUUAAUCAGUCAACCUUAUGGUUCUUCCUUGAAUAAAAUAUGAAGACUUAGUUACAAGUCUUUUAAAUUUGGUUACAAUUAACUGAAAUACCCCACAGGAAAAGAAUGUGGUUAGUAUUCCUUUAAAAUACUUAUUUAUUCGAUACCUCCGUGUGAAACUAUGGCCAAUCAGGGAAUGUUAAAUGAAGAUUUCCCUAGGAGGACAUUUACUGUAUCACUGCUUAAAUUAUGUAAGACAUACCUCCAAAUUCAACAAACCAAUUCAGAAAACAACCAUUCCAAAAUCAAGAAUUCUUAGCCAGUUGGCCUUCCUUCAGGAAGAUUGAAACAGUAAGUCACAUUAUAUGUGUACCCAGAUUCUACGUUUGUUUUCUAGACUCCGAGCAGGAAGAAGGGGACAGCUGCAUUCUGGUACUCAAACCAAGCCUUGCCUACUGUGGCUGUCUCUCUGUGUGUGCCUGUCAGAGACAGAUACGGAGGAGGACUCGUACGCCCGUCUGGGUUGUUAGUGUCGUACCUGGGAACCUUAUCAAAGUUGUUUGUUUGACUUGUGUUACAGCUGCUGUUACCUAGUCUGUUACUUUCCUUUUUUAGUAUAUAAUUUAGUUUUAAAAUGUCUGUGACUUGAGAGCAGGUAACUUGCUUCACAUGUUUUCCCCACUAAUUAAUUGCUAAACGGUUAGGCGUUAAAUGCUCUCGUUUGCCUUAAUUUUUUAAGUUAAAAAUUUGAUUAGAGGUAAAGGGAGAAAUGGUCAAGAUGAGAGAGAGAGAAGCCUGUGCAGGGAGAUGAUACCUGAGCAGAGCUGGUCGGGUUGGCUGCCUCUUCGCCUUUUGUAGCCCUCACCUUGGAUCAACUGCUUUCUCACUGUUAAUAAACGUAUGUCUUACAUACAAGCCUCAGUUGCAUUUUCACUGAAAUUGACAUGUGCAGUUAUGCUUUAGAAUCCAGAGUUGUGGCUUAUGUGACAGUUUUAAAUGUUUAAAAAAAAAAAUGAAGACAUGCGAAAUGACGUAUUACCUAGCCAGAGAGAUUUAUUAAACUUGAGAUCGUUUUUCCUGUAGUACGGAUGUGCUGUAAUAAAUUGUGGUUGUAAUCCCGUUUGGGAAUUGGUUCGCUUUGUUAGUGAGGCGGUAUUAGUGUGGGGUGUGUCUCAAAGUCCAUCUCUUUUGAGAUGAAAGAGCAGAUGAAGCAAGCAAGAAUAAAUGGAGGGGAGGAGAACAGCCACAUGAUGGCCAAGGAAUUUAGGAAUAGAAGCUGGAAAGAGACGAGGACCUUCCCCAGAGCGGACGCAGAGAGCGCCUUCCUCUAGGGCCAGCACCCUGAAUUCGGACUUCUAGCCUCCUAAAGUGUGAGAAAAUAAUUUUCUGUUCGUUAAAACCACCCACUGGUGGUAUUUCUGGUAUAGCAGCUCUAGAUACCCAAGACGCCCCCAUGCUCUGAAUAAGGCCAAGCCUACCAGUGGGCACAUCCUCCAUAUAAAGUAACCUGCACCCAGGGCACUGCAAGGGAAACUGCCUGUGUUGAUCCUCGGCGGGAGGACUGGCCCUGAGUGCACAUUCCAGUUCUACUCUGUCCUGUAGGGCCGCUCGAGUCAGAAUCAACUGCACAGAACGACAACAACAGGGCCUGCAAAACCCUGGAGACAAGAAUUUAAAGUGGUCGUGCCCUCAGGCCCUGGCAGAAGUAAGUCCCGUCCUCUCUGAAAGACCCCAUCAUCAUCCCAGGCCUCAAAGAAUGUCCACAGGUAAGAUGCCAUGAAAAUACAUGACCACUGCUAACCGGAAAGGUAGGCAGUUCAAACUCACCAGCCACUCUGG